AUGGCCGAACAUUGAUAGUAAAAGUUUGACCUGCUGAAGGAAAAUUAUUCAAGUUCACGCAAAUCAAUCAUUCGUAUCACGCCUAUAACGCGUGGAUUCAUUUUCCUAAGGAUAUGUUGUCAUCUGGUAAACGCAGCUUGUCCAGAGAGGACCUCAAAACCGCGGAUAAAGAUGAAAAAGAGUCGCUAUUGGAGCAUGACAGCGAUCUCGAUGAGGAAAUGUUAUUCACUCGACCGAGCACGUCAAGUGAAGAUGCAAACGUUAAUAGAAAAAUGGACAACGUCAGGAUACAGAUCCAAGAGGUGACCGACGUGAUGCGGGACAAUGUUCAAAAGGUGAUGGAUCGUGGUGAGAAGUUAGAGGAUUUGCAAGAAGCGAGCGAUCGUCUAAACAUGGCAGGAAACGAAUUCAGGGAAGCUGCAAAAAAAGCGCAACGCAAAGCAUGGAUGCAAAACAUCAAAUCAAGGAUGAUCAUUAUCAGCGUUACUGUGAUAAUCGUGCUUUUUAUCGUUGUUCUGGACAUCAUGGUGCUUUACCUGGUUCUCAGAUAGCGAGCACAAUGUCUCUAACUACGAUUGUUUAAAACAUAAGUAUCCAUUGUCGUGAAGUAUACAUAAAUCUCCGACUGACAAUGAGGAAUACAUAACAUCCGACUGAGGAAUCGCCGAAGUAUCUUCUCUUUUGUAUAUUGAUAUCUUCCGAACCACACAUAUGUACAUUAUAUAGCUAUACAUAAACCUCUGUAAGUUAUAAAUAUAUCUUCUGUUAUAUUUUCGUGUAAAAAACUGUUAUUUUAUUUUUAUAUACAACUGCGCAAUCUGCUAAAAAGCUGCACUUAUUUUUAUCUCACACGAGCAAUUAACUAAGAUCAUGGUUCUGGUUCCUGGCUGCACAGCCGUAUUGAAUUAUUAACAUUUAUUAACAGAUUUUUGUUUAGUAUGUUAAUUUUCUGAUAUUGUAUGUUAAUUUUACACAAUCACUUCUUCUUCGCUGAUAAUCUCGAAGAAUACAAUGAACUGUAAAACAUUUAUUAACAGAGUUUUUUAGUAUGUUAAUUUUCUGGUAUUGUAUGUUAAUUUUGCACAAUCACUUUUUUGCUUAAUAAUCUCGAAAAAUACAAUAAACUGUGAAACACACUAUACACUAUGUACGCACUAUACACUAUGUACACACUAUACACACUAUAUUCAAUGAUAUUAUUUUCUCGAAAAAUACAUUUUUUAUAAUCCGCAUAAUUCAUGCGUCUUUUCACAAAUUUAUUCUACAAAGUUGUUUUCUAAUUAUCAAUAAGUUAUCGCUAACAAGUAUAAAUCUAAGUAUUCUCAAGAUAAAUUGCCUUUUCUAUACUGUGCACAUUAUCACAUA